AAGAAAGCUGACAUGGCAGCUUGCGUGGACUGUUAACAUUACAGAAAGGCUGAUGUGGAUACAUCAUCAUGCAAUUGUUCACAAGUGUUGCUUCUUGCUUUGCAUAAUACUCCUACAAACUGUAUACGGGGCUAAUUUGGACAUUUUAAAUGUCGGGGAAGAACUGCAAAAGGAAACUCUACCAUUACAAUCAGGAUCCCGUAUCUACCAACUUCAAGGCCUUAAGCCAAAUCAUUGGUAUGAAGUGAAGAUAUCAUAUCCUGCUUCUAUACCCGCUAGCUUUUCAUUACAACUUAAAAAAGAAAAUCCAAACUUUGAGCCAAAGCACCAGAGGAAAUUACUCAAUACUGAAAAGUUGAUUUUCAAGAAUGAUGAUGAAGACUUACAAAUCAACCAGAGUGGAAUGUAUGUCAUGUUGACUGUGGAAACUGAGGGGGUGGUUGCUAUCCCAAAUGGAAAGGAGAGGGAAAUGGUUAUAUAUAACAUAGUUUGUGAUGAACUAUUGUUAGGUAUUCCACACAAGGCUUGGUGGGUUGUGAUGUUUGUAAUUAUUUGUUUGGGUGUGGCAUUUGUGAUCCCAUCUUUUCUUCCUUCACUUCUUAUAACAACAGAUCGAAUGCCAUUAUUAGCUUCCAAGAAUUCCUGACUUAAUUCAUCAUCAGUAUGCUCACAAAGUGUAUUGGAAAAUGGAAGAUUUUGAUACUUGAAGCAAGUUUGAAAGUUGGCAGUUUUUGGGAUUCUUGAUCAUAUUUAUGUUUGGGAUGUUAAUGAUUUGAGAAAGUUGAUGUAUAAUGGUAAUUAACUGUUAGACUUUGAUCAUCAAAUGGCUUUUCGAAGUUUACUUUCAA